CAAAGUUUAUGUCAAAUAAGUAACAAUGAAAAUCGAAACUAAAUCAAGUUCUUGUAAAAAUGGCAAUGACUACAGACAUUUCUAGCCUUGUAGAGGAACUAACGUGCGCUGUUUGCCUGAAUUUAUUCCAACAUCCAGUGACACUGGAGUGUGGACACAACUUUUGUAGAUCAUGUAUCGACAGAAACUGGAAAAGUAACAACAUUCCAUCCUGCCCUGAGUGUAGAACAGAAUUUCAAACCAGGAAAUAUGCUGUCAACAAACAGCUAGCUAACGUGGUGGCGAAAACAGGGAAAAAAUCUAUUCAGAGUUCUGAAGCUCAUGUUACACAAAAUGUAAAUCAGUUUUGUAAGGAACACGAGGAAAAAAUGAAGUUAUUCUGCAUGCAGGAAGAGACCCCCAUCUGUCUGAUAUGUCGAGAUUCAGUUAAACAUGCUGGUCAUAACUUUCUGCCUCUUAAUGAUGCAGUCAUCCCAUAUAAGGACAGACUGAAAGUCCUCUUAGCUCCAUUAGAAUCACGACUUAAAGAGCUCUACAAACUUCACUCCCAACAAAAGCAGAUGAUAUUGGAAGUUUCAGAUAAGGCCUUGGCUCUGGAAGUGAACAUUAAACUACAAUUCACUAAAAUGAUUAAGUUUCUCAAUGACAAGAAAGAAAACUUGAUCCAACAGCUAAGGCAGGAUGAAGCACAGAUCCUGAAGGAGAUGGAUAAACAUCUGAAGAGCAUUAAUGUAGAAACUGACCACAUGCACAAGUUAAUAAAAGACAUCCAGUCACAGCUAGAGAAACAGGACUCACUAAUGUUUCUGAUGGAAAUUAAGAGCACCUUGAAAAAGUAUGAAAAAUCUAACUUAACAAAUGUGGGGAGUAAGUUGGUAAAGCGUGACUUGAAUGUUGGGGUAUACAAUGGCCCCCUGCAGUACUAUGCUUGGAAGGAAAUGAAAUCCAUUAUACAACCAC